AUGAAGGUCCUACUACUCGCCCUUUCAUCCCUCGGUGCCUUUACCGACGUCGAAGCAGCACUGUCUGACACUGGUCCGUUCCCAUCCUCAUAUGCCGCAUUUUCAGCCAGGUUCGUGCAACCACCAACUCCAGAUGUUCUCACAGAACUUCGCGGACAUUUCUUCCAACACAAAUGGGACAACAACGUCUCACACAUUACUUCAGGCUACUGGUAUAACUCUGCAGCGCAAGGCAAAGUCCGUGCAGAUGAGACAUAUGAUGGCGAGUUUGCCUCGUCUCUGUUUGACUACACAGAUGUGACGGCUGGUGGACAAGUGUUGAAUAAGCUGAGAAUGGUUGGGCCCAGUGUCGGAAGCUCGCCAUCAUGUUUCGUCGAGCAUAUUGACAGCCCUGGCUUCCCACUCGUGACGUCCGAUAUCUUGAAGACCAACGGUGCUGCGUUUGGAGGGGUUGUCAUCGAUCCCAUAGUGGGCUAUACACAAAGUUGGAACUUUCUCCUUGGAGGGAGCAUCUCGGUCAUUGCGUAUCUUGACGAAGACAAUUUGCUGGUUGGGUUUGAUUUUUGGGGGGCUGAGCGAAGAACGAAGGUGAUCACUCGCUUCUUCAACACUGUCGUUGGGAGUAUUGAGGCCAAAGUCUUUGAGAACUUUCCCUGUUAG